AAAUUAUCAGUACUUUAAUUGUUUUCAACAAUAGUUGUUUACCCAGAGUAAUAUCAAGACGCCAACAAAGCGCCUAAAAUUUCCGACUUCUGCAAUAUGGAUCGUAAAAGAUUGAAGAAGUGCCACAGUGAAAUGAUGAAGAACGUGUUGAUGUUGGGAGUUGGACGAGUGGCAUAUCCUUUAAUAAAAUAUCUGCAUCGAGACCCUGCUAUUGCGAUAAAAAUUGCAUCUAAACUGAAGGGUUUGGGAAGUAACCUGUUCCACUUUUACUGCUACGCUGGAGUGGAUAUCACCGUUUUGGAUGUUGAAGAUUCCAAGAAACAUAGCACUUUAGAGGAACUGGUAAAAAAUGCAGACAUUGUCGUUUCCCUUUUGCCACCUAACCUGCAUCCUCAAAUAGCCAAAGUGUGCAUUGCCCAAAAAACGCAUAUGGUAUCAGCCAGCUACCUAAGCCCGGAGGUUAAAAAUAUGCAUGCCAUGGCUGUGGAAGCAGACGUGACAAUCAUCCAUGAAGUAGGACUCGACCCGGGAAUUGACCAUCUUUUAGCUCUGGAGUGCAUUGAAAGGGUUCAACAGUCAGGAGGGAAAAUCACCUCAUUUGUGUCCUUUUGUGGAGGUUUGUCUGCUCCAGAGUUCAGCUACAAUCCCUUGAGUUACAAGUUUACUUCGUCACCACGAGAUGAUCUUUUAAACAGUCUUGCUCCCGCCAAGUACAUCAAAAAUGGUGAAAUUGUGGAAAUACUGGCAGGCGGCGAUCUGAUGCUAGCAACUGAAACCUUGGAUUUUCUCCCUGGAUUUAACUUGGAAGGUUUUCCUAAUCGCGAUAGCACCAGUUACUCCAAGGCCUAUGGAAUUGAGGGCGCAGACACUGUCUUGAGAGGCACCAUUCGAUACAAGGGCUUCUCUCAAUGCGUCCGAAUUCUUCAGUUCAUUGGAUUUUUGGACGCAGCUGAGCACCCGGCUCUUAAAUUUACCAGUCCAGAUAUUACAUGGAGGCGGCUCGUUUGCAUUCUUCUGGGCAUGGUAUACUCCAACACUUUCUUAGACAGCUUGAAAAUGAAAAUGUCAAACCAAUUUGGAGGCGGCUAUGCUGUGGAAGUUUUGGAAGAUCUGGGGCUGUUGGACGAUGAAAUAGUUGACAAAUGGGUAUCGCCUUUGAAUACCAUCACCCACUACUUAUCGAGGAAGCUGGCGUUUGAGACCUCUUUUCAGCCAAACAACAGAGACUUAGUAAUCCUCAGACAGGAUAUCGGCAUCAGUUGGCCGGGCAAUCGCAAGGAAAAAAGGGGAGUGAAUUUUGUGGUGUAUGGAGAAGUAAAUGGAUACUCAGCUAUGACGAAAACUGUGGGAUAUACGACAGCUAUUGCAACGAAACUGAUCUUAAAUGGUGAAAUUCUGACCAGAGGAUGCAUCCUGCCCGUCGCUUCGGACGUAUAUCGCCCCAUCCUGCAACGACUGAGGAUGGAAGGAUUAAAUAGCAUCGAAACCUCCAAGUUUUCCUAAGCUGCUAGUGUUGUUUUGGCAUCAAGGUCUCAGCUUAUUAAACAUUACUUAUUUUAGGUGGCCUUAAAUAUUAAAAGCGCAUAUUAUUAUGUAGGAAAAACGCAACGAACUUAUCUAUUCAAUGUAACGUGUAUCAGUGAAUGUUAUUAAAUAUUUAACACAU